AUGACUUUCGACUACAAAUUUGAUAUUUACAGCCAAAAUCUAAGAGAUUUCAGCUACAUUCUGGAUCCAUACAUUGCAAGUGGUAUCACUAGAAGAAAUAAUCCACAAAUUAUUGAAAAUGAAGAUCUUCAAACUCAAAUAAAUACGAUUGAUGAUAAUUACGUUCAUGACCAGAUUUGCUCCUUCCAAAACUUAAGUUAUGUCAUAUCAGUUAUUCAACAAUUCCAUAUUGAUUCACCAGAAUAUCAAAAUCUUGUACUAAAUUCGAACUUUUUGGAAACAAUAUUAAAAAUUUUAGACAACAAUUUCAAUAGAAAUGAAUACGAUUCUUCACCAACUAUUAGCGAUCAAAUAUUUGAAAAAAUUAUAUUGUUUCUCUACAAAAUCUCAAAUUCAGAAGAAUAUAUUCCAAAAUUAUUAGAACUUGGCGUAAUAGAUGUAUUUAACAGCACAAUUCUGAAUGUUCCAGAACAAUUCAGAUCUCCUUACAUGAAUAUCGUUCUUAUCCUGUUAAAAUCAGAAGAAAAUAUACAAAAAUUUGAUCUUUCUUCAAUUGAACUCCUUUUUGAUCGCAUUGAUUCAUUACUUUUUGCAAAAGAUGGAAUGAUAAGAAAAAAUUCAUGUCAAUUUUUAUGUCACUUUUCAAAAUAUUAUUCAAUUCUUCCUAGCAAUUUACAGGCUUCCCUGAUCAAUAUCAUUAAAGAACUUGACGAAAGUAGAGUGUAUGAACUUGAUUCUCUUCUUAGUCUUGCUUGUUUCAAUAUAAUUGAAUCAAUUGAGUCAAAUCAAUUAAUUGAUAUCGAUUUCUUUGUUGUAUUCAUUAAGCAUAAGAUUCACAGCAAAGAUAAUGAAGCUGUUCUAUAUACUCUUAAUAUUUUAACCACAUUAAUUUUCAAAUUUAAUUUAUUUUCUUUAUUUAUUGAUUCAUUCAGAGUAGAAUCAUUUGUCAAGCAUCUUUACAUGGGAUCGGUAUCUACUAAGAUCGCUAUUAUUAGGUUUUUCACCGAAUUUAUUAAAAAAGAAAGCUCAAUCAUUCAUGAUCUCAUUGCAUCUAAUGUAAUUGAAGGCAUUAUUUCUAUAAUGAUCAAUGAAUCCAUGUCUCUAAAAGUCACUGCUUUCAAAUUCGUUUGUGAACUUUUAAAGAUAAGGAGUGUUGAAACUGAGGAAUACAUUAAUGAAGAAGUCUUAGAAUGUAUGGUGAGUAUUAUUGAAUCAUCUGAAAAGUAUAUGAGUCUAGGAUUAGAAACAUUUUAUAUUUUAUCAAAAAAUGAACGAUUCCAGCAGGCAAUGAUUAAUUGCGAAGGUUACUAUGCACUAAAUGAGCUUGAACCAGAAAAUGAUCGGUUAUUUGAAACAAUUAAAUUCAUAUUGGGUGAAUCAAAUUUAUUUAACGAUUGA